AUGACGAAGCUAUUUUUUUCCGGGCGCAGAAAAAAUGUUCAGACGGGAAUUUCAUCUCAGAUCAAGACAACACAAAUGGAGGCUUUGUUGAAGGAGAUCACGACGGCUACGGACAACUCGGCUACCAAGCUCAAGGAGGAGCAGCAGGCGUACAAUGCUCUGGACGACGACGUCAAGGCCCAGAUCCAGCGGGACUCUCUGUCCUUGCUGGGACUCAAGAAUCACACAAUGCUGGCCUACCUCCAUCACCUGGCGGUUGUGACUCUGGCACAAGUUCAGCGGGUGGAGAAGGAGCAGAAGGACGACGCUCUUGAAAAGGGGCGACAGGCCGCGAUCCAGGGCACCGUCAAGAACCGGGUGGUGCUGGAGAAGGGUAUCAAGGGUCUGGAGAGCAAGGUCAACUACCAGAUUGACAAGAUGCUCAAGGCAUACACACAGGACAAGGAGCGAAAGGCCGAGCGAGAAAAGCAACGGGCUGAGAAGGCGCUUCUUGGCGAAGAGAAGGACGACGACGAUGAGGGCGACAAGGACGAUAGAGACGACGACGAUGAGUCCGAAUCUGAGGACGACAAUCUUGCAUUCAAACCCAACGUUUCCAACCUCACACGAGACAAGAAUGCUCGACCAGUGCGAGAUUCGCGAGGAAAGAAAUCCGAGCAGGACGACGACCGAGAGUCCGCCUCCAACACCAUCUACAGGCCCCCCAAGAUCUCGGCUGUGGCUCCCGAGUCCAAGAGCAUGCGAAAGAGCAAGAAGAAGAACGCCACCAUGGAAGAGUAUCUAAAGUACUCUUCUUCUGCACCCAUGGUCGAGCAGUCUAUUGGUUCGGGUAUUCUGGAGCACGGUCGAGGAGGAGAGAAGACAGACCGAGACCGAAAACGAGAGGAGGAGGUCCAGCGAUACGAAGAAGACAACUUUGUGCGUCUGCCGGGCGCCAACAAGAAAGAACGAUCCAAGCUCAAGAAGGCUCGAGCUGGCGCCUUCUUUGGUGAAGACUGGGGAGUUGGAGGAGAUAUUGGUGAGGCCACUAAGCGAAAGCGGGGCGGCUCGUCCAUGUGGGAAAAGUCCAAGAAGCGACGAUAA